AUAAUGUAACGGGUCUUGUGUAGAUACAUUCUAGAAAUCAGUGAUUAAUUGUAUCAAUGGCAGAGGAGGAAGAUUACUUGCAUGUGGUAAAAAUAAAAACAUUAUAAAGUAUAUAUUUCUAAUCUGGAAAUAGUUUCCAAUCAUGUCCUCCAAUGGAACAUGAUAGGAUGGACAGUCAUAAUUAUGGCCCUAUAUGUGGGGAUUCACAUAUAGGGAGGGAUAUGUGAAGCAAGCUUGCAUACGGUGGAAUUAUAUUGCAAAACAACAAAGAACGAUAGCUGUCGGAGGAGGCUUCUCGUCCUCUGCCAUUGAUGAAUUCGCCUGAAUACCAAAGAGGCGUGCCCGCUUGUGUGUUAUUCUGCGUGGGUGCGUGCGCGCCCCCUACUGUGUUUUCGGGACAAGCUUGAAACGGUCAAGUCGCAAAUUAGAUUUUACAAUGUAAAUAGAAAGUAGGAGAAUCAUUCGCGAAGUCGUAAAUAUCUAUUUAAAAUUACCUUAGACUGGGUACAUCAGUUAUUUACUGAACCAGCUAAUUGUGCAUUUGCUGAAACAGUCAUAUCGGUGUUUUUAGGAAUUACAAGGGAUUUAAAACAGAAUAACUAUGUAUCGGUCUCUGUAUGCUUUCCGAUCCGCGGAGCCCAACUCGCUCCACUUCGGGGCCGGGGAGGGCUUUCUGAUCCUGGAACGCAGCAACAAACACUGGUGGCUCGGAUCGCGCUGCAGUUCGGGCGAAACCGGCUACGUUCCCGCUUCUUACAUCGAAAGGAUUCAGGCUCCGGAGCAGGAUGAAGUGUUACAGUCUAUCGACAGGGCCAUUGAAGGGAUCCAUAACGUGGCCAUGAAGAACGGGGGCAAAUACAACCUGGAGCAGCGAGACGUGCUACAGAAGUUGAUCCAUCACAGGAAGGAGACCCUGUCAAGGCGAAGUCCAACUCCAUCCAGUCACAAGCAGGGCCUGCCCUCAUCUACCAGCGAACUGUCCCUCAGCCACACCCCUCAACCACCCAAUGGUGUCAGCCGCACCCUGUCAGAGAGUACCGACAAUGUUCAAGGGCUUUACCAGGUGCCUCCUCAGCCCCGCCGUGCAGCACCCAUAACCCCUCCCCCUCCUGAGAAACAAAGAGCCAGCCGACGCCCAGCAGAAUUUUCCAUUCCUCCUCCUCCUGGCCCUACACCUCCUGCCGGGACUGGCCUGUCCCCCUCGGUCAGCUCCGCCUCCCUGGAUUCUGUCUCCUCCCACUCGGUGGUGUCCUCUGAUGUCAGCCUGACAAGUGUUGCCAGCACCCCGCCCCCAGUGCCAAGCCGUGUGAAGCCCCCACCCCAUCCUCCAGACGACCUGCUCCCCUCUACCCCCUCUCCCCAGCCAGUUCCCUCAAAGAAGGGCCAUGCCCCCCAACCUCCACCACCACAGCCCACUCCACCACCACAGCCCAGCACCGAGGACCAAACAGAAACCGACUGGCCUCUUGCCCCGCCCUCUGUCGCUGAAAGCACCCCCGGAAGCCCCUCUCACUCAGAGCCUGUUCCCGGGACAACAGGGGCGGAGCUUAUUGAGCUGGUUCGGAGCAACACGGGCCUGAGUUACGAGCUGUCUCGGGUGGCGGUGGGUGUGGUCGUGGGUCACCUGCAGACCACCCUUCCUCAAGCCUCCUCUGCCUUAGAGAAGGUCCUCCUCUCAUUGGUAGAGAGCAAGGAUCAGAGAUCUGCGUUGCCACAGGGACAAGUGUGUCACGAUGAACAGCGCCUGGAGGUCAUCUUAGGCGACCUCGCCCGUCACGUUGACGACUCUCAGCAGCGCAGCUGGGCCCUUUACGAAGACCACUCCCUCAUCGCAUGUUACCUGGAGGAGCUGCUGAAGAUACUGACAGAUGCAGAUCCAGUGGUGUGUAAGAGGAUGUGCAGGGUCAACCACUCUGAACCAGUGCUGUCACUAGUGUCCUACUAUCAGAUGGAGCACCGAGUGUCUCUACGCCUGCUGUUGCUCAAGGUGUUUGGGGCGAUGUGUAGCCUGGACUCUGCCCUCAUCUCCACCCUCCUCAACUCCAUCCUGCCCAUGGAGCUGGCCAGAGACCUGCAGACUGACACACAGGAGCAUCAGAAGAUGUGCUACACAGCCUUGGUCCUGACUAUGAUCUUCUCUAUGGGGGAGCAGGUGCCAUAUCACCACUAUGAGCACUUAAACGCUAGCUUUGUUCAGUUCUUGCUAGAUGUGGUAGAGGAGGGUCUUCCCUCUGACCCCACGGAACAGCUCCCUGACCUCUGCGUCAACCUCAUCCUGGCCUUCAACCUGCACCUCACAGUGCCCAGCAGCAACGUGAUAAUGCAGACUUUGAUCAAGAAAAACGUGAAGCUCUUUUCUGAGAAAAUAGUGCUGCUACUAAACCGAGGAGAUGACCCUGUGUGUGUCUUUAAACAUGCUCCCCCUGCCCCACACUCAGUUCUUAAGUUCCUGCAGGAUGUCUUCGCCAGCAGAGACUCUGCUAACAUCUUCUACCGCGCGGACAUGAUGGUGAUGAUAGAUAUCGCUGUUCGAUGCAUCUCUGACCUCUCACCUGGGGAAAAGUUGAGAAUGGAGUACCUCGCGCUCAUGCACUCCGUCAUGCGCUCCACAGACUACCUGGAGCACCGGCACCGCCUCUCCGACCUGCAGGGCGCGCUGCAAAGGAUUCUAAGAGAGGACGACUCGGGAGCGGACGAGGGCGGGGCCACGGCCAAACAGAUGGAUAAGCUAAUAGUGCAGGAGAUCUACAAGGAAUUCCCUCAGAUCAGAGACACCUAGGACGACUGAAUAUGACAGCGGUGCUGUGCACUCAUGAGCCGGUAGUCUGUCUCCUUUAUUCCCGAAAGAUGGUACUGUGGCGCUUCCUAGGGUUGAUGAAGGACUGUAUAGUCAGCUACUUAGUUUCUGAGUGUUACAACCCUCCGUCACACUUUUUACAAUUAUGACAUCAGAGAUGGCAUGAGCACCAGCUGUCACGGCGGUUUAUUGCGUCCGUCGUGUCAUGAUUAUGAUAAUGCUAUGUAGCUCUUAUGACGGAGGAUUCAAAUGAAGUGUUACCCAACAGCAUGCUGCUUUAAAUGUGCUCCCUUGUACUGAGGGACCAAACUGCGGUGUGAACGGAGGGUCUUGUAACCCUGGGACUGGUGUGCUGUAUAUGUCUUCUUACUUUCAGUCUAUUCAUGUGUCUUUCACUCACACUUAUUCCUCACCACAUGGCAUGGCCUCACAGUAUGUUACUAAGACAGUUCAAAGAAAAGACAAAUUAGGUGAUUAUACUGAUAACAAAACAUUCUGGUCCAGUUUGCUAGACACAGAUUAAGCCAAGUUCUGCACUGAAAAGCGUGCUCAAUGGAGAAUCUACAUUAACUAGGCUUAAUCUGUGUCCUGGAAACCAGACCUCUGACAAUAAUACAUUCUAGGCUUUGAGGUUAGUUUAGUACUCACUAUUUAUUGCAAUGGCAAUGCUGCUACAUGAGCCUCAUUUACCUUAAUAUCUAUGGCUGUGAUUCUCUGACUGAGCACAACUUGUUACCUUGCUCUUGCCAUUACUUGUUACCUUGCUCUUGCCAUUACUUGUUACCUUGCUUUCGCCAUUACUUGUUACCUUGCUUUCGCCAUUACUUGUGACCUUGCUUUCCCCAUAACUUGUUACCUUGCUUUCCCCAUUACUUGUGACCUUGCUUUCUUCCCUACACUUUAUCUACAGUAACCUCCACUCUAGGUAUGGCUAAAAUAUGACAUGCUCUAAAUGUGUCUCAACCAGACCACUCCUACUCUGCUCUGCUGCUUGUGCUGUAGAUGGAACGUAAUGGUACUGUAAUGACAAGCUGUAACACGCUGCUUCUACAUACUAAGCCUUGACUAACUUCCUAUAUAGCUAUGGCUCUCUGAAAUGGAAUGUAGUUAUUUAUUCAUAGGAAAUAAUUGAUAAGGAAUUGAUAAGAUUCGAUUGGUCAGUUUUUUGUUGUUGUUUUUUUUAAAGUAGUCUGGAGUUUAACUAAGGGACUUGUCACCAAGAUUGAUUGAUUGCUUUGCCCUGAUCAUUUUGGUCUGAAAUCUAUCAGUUACCACAGUACGGUGUCUCUCCGUCAGAGCUCUUUCUCUCUUUGUGUCAUAGUUUAUUUUUACUUGGCUCUGUUAGAGCUAAUAGAGGAAGUGUUUAUGUGGCAAAAUAGUCGUGGCCAUCAUGAUGCGCGUAUACCUUUUAACACACACUUAAAAGGAAGUGUUUACACAUAUAAACAUAUGUGUGUUUUCUCUGACAUAUGUGUUUAUUAUCCGGUGUUAAUGCAUAAAACUAUGCAUGUGUGUGUCUAUGUACGGUUUGUGUAUAUUUUCGUAACUAUGUAUGGUUUUAUCAUCGUCCCUGUAGGUUUGAGCCUCCAUUGUCCCUUAAGGUACGACUGUGUUAUAGCAAUAAAACCAACUGAACUAUAUUUUCCCAAUUAAAAAUAUCUGAAAUGGUUGUUCAGAGGGGUGACGCAACAAAGUGUAUUUUCUUAAUGUUUACAAUCAACUAAUAAACAUCUCAAUGAACA